AAACACCUUUUCCAUAUCAGGAUUAGCACAAUAAACAUCGACGUCACCGAAUUCUCUCAAAAAUUGUCUACAAGCGCCGCAAGGAGUGGUGAAGUCGUCUUCUUGUCUUGCAACAACAGCCACAGCUUUAAACUUCUUAUUACCUUCGCUGAUCGCUGUUGAAUAAGCGUUUCUUUCAGCACAUAUCCCUACAGUAAAUGAGACGUUUUCAACGUUACAUCCUGUGCAAUGGAACAACCCUUAAGUUCUUUAAAUAUCGAAGAAAAUCGCUUAAAUGAUUUAAAAUCCUUGGGAUAUCACUAUUUAACCAACAAAGAUUCACUAAAAAAGUAUUUUGAAGAUGAAGAGUUUAAAAAUAUCACAAAACCACCAAAAACCAAAACAGCUUUUGAUCUUUACAUCGAACAAUCAAAUUUUGGCACAAUAUUCACUUUUUUACCCGGAUUGGAUUCUAUUUUAUCUGAGGAAAUAGUUUCUGGGAAUAUAAUCGAGUUAUAUGGUGAAAGUGGUAGUGGAAAAACUCAAAUUUGUUUAAGAUUAUGCGUAAAUGUCCAAUUACCGACGCUUUUUGGAGGAAGAGAUGGGGAAUCUUUGUAUAUUUGUACUAAUUAUAACUUUUCAAAAAGUCGAGUUGAAGAAAUCGCUUUAGAAACAAUAAAUAGGUUCAACAACGCGGGUUUAAGCGACUUUAAUUUAACCAUCAAAGAAAUGUUAUCAAAAAUAACCCACAUUCAACUCAAUCAUUACGCAGAAUUAAUCGCCGUUGUUAUACACUUAAAGAGAUUAUUAAAAACGAAAAAAAUUCGCUUAAUAAUUAUCGAUUCCUUAACAAUUUUAGCUGAAGAAAUAAAUUUCGAGGAUAGAAGAGGGUUUUUAUUCACUCUUCUUUCAGAUUUACAAAAAUUAGGGGACCAACACGGAUUUGCGAUUAUAUUAACAAAUAACAUAACUUUAGGGAACGAAAGCAAAGAAAUAACAAAAAUACCAGCUUUGGGCGAUAAUUUUUUUCACCGCAUCAACUCCCGAAUCGAAUUAAAACGUGUUUCAAAUAAUAAUUAUAAGGCGACGUUAAUUAAAAGUUGUGUGAAUGCAAAAAAAGAUAAUUAUUUUAAUAUUUAAUAAAUAAAUUAUUGCUGAUUUGGUUGCAUAACCUCCAUAAAUCAUAUAAACCUUACUUUUUAACGA